CAAAAAUGAGGGUACGAUAAACGGAAUUCGUUCUUAUCGCUCACUCACGUCAUUUCACUGUUGCAGUUCAUUUGUUUCCCAGGCAUACAUGUAUAUGUACAAUGCUCGAUCAUGUGGACAUCAUGGUUGUUUGAGUAUCUUGUAUGCUUUAAUUGUCUGAUGUAUCCCCAGACAAUGACAUAUGAUUGGCGGGAUACGGAGAAGCGACGUAUUGUAAAAUUUUGUCAGUGCGAAAACCACUAAGGUCCGAGAAAUUUUGGAGUCCACGGCUGAAACGAGUCCUUCUGCUUUGCUCUGUUCUGCUCUGCUUAGUGACCCCAUCCACGCAUUUUUCAUUCCUCUACUGCAUCUUACAUUGAAUCACUUUUACCGCCAGUUCAAUGGGUGUUUCUGCUAACUGGUGGAAAAACAUAGCAGAGAACCAUGAAAAUGUUAAGCAUUCCAUCGCAGGCGCGGGCGCCGGAAUAGUAUCUUCUAUCGUAACAUGCCCACUCGACGUUGUUAAAACGAGACUACAGAAUCAGGGUACGGGACACCCAGGCAUAGCGCUUUACCGCGGCACAUAUGGUACCCUUUCUCGGAUAUGGAUGGAAGAAGGCAUCCGGGGACUUUAUCGUGGCCUCGGACCAACGAUCUUUGGAUACCUGCCCACUUGGGCGAUUUAUUUCACAGUUUAUGAUUACUGCAAGGAACGAGUUGGAUCACAGAUUGGCAAAGAGGACGAUCACUGGUUAGUGCACAUCCUGUCUGCGAUGACGGCAGGCGCAACUUCCACCACCCUGACCAACCCUCUGUGGGUGAUCAAGACGAGAUUUAUGACACAGAACGAACGUACGGCAUAUCGAUACAAUAAUACCCUGCAUGCCUUUAAGACCAUUACGAAGGAGGAAGGUUUAGGUGGAUUCUAUAAGGGACUUGGACCAUCACUGUUAGGUGUCAGCCAUGUUGCGGUUCAGUUUCCGCUAUAUGAGAAACUCAAGAUAUGGUUCAAAGCCGACAAAGAUGCUCCUUCCGGAAUGAUGACUAUCCUUAUGGCUUCGUCGUUAUCCAAGAUGGCCGCUAGCAUGGCUACAUACCCACAUGAAGUCAUCAGAACAAGACUUCAAAAUCAAACUGUCAAACCAUACAAGUACCAUGGUAUAAUGCACGCUAUUAAAAUCAUGCUUCAAGAGGAAGGUCCAUUAGCCUUCUAUCGAGGCAUGCCUACCAACUUAUUAAGAACUGUACCUGCUUCUGCAAUGACAAUACUGACGUAUGAGUUACUUGUCAGUAAAAUGGACGAAAUCAAAACCUCAUAGACGUCUAAACCCCUCCACUUUUUUCAUACCGCAACCUUGUAAUAAAAAAAAAAAUUGUCUGUCCUAAAUUUUCCAUCAGAAUGCACAGUCACG